GUCAUUCUACUCGUUGUUGUCUCAUAUACAUCAACGGCACAUACUAACGGCGCACUCCGUAGCGGAUUCAAUGGUGCAUCAUGAUGGCAUAUCCAAGAAAAUAAUCGUCUUCCCAACGACGAGCAAAGGUUGCAAUGCGCUACUGAAGGGCCAUGAUCGGACGCGGUCCUCUCAGUACCGAUGUACCAACAGGUGUACGGUGCAUGAACAACCUACUUUCCGACCUGUCAUGGACUCCCAGUUCGUCUGUGCUUCGCAUACAUCCAUGAACCGAUCGGCUCCAUUGUCGUAUGCGAUGUCAAAAUCGUGUCGGGUCGUUUCUGCCCCGAUCCUUUUGCCCGGGCUUUGUUCCACCGAUGGAGGACAGAUGUCUGAAGAUGCAAUCCUCGGAGGGCAUUGCGAGGCCAUUACGAAUAUACAGAUCACCAGGUACAUCGAUAUCGUCUCUUGGGCUUGCGCUUGCUUGGUUCUGUAAACUAUUCUCGAUCUCUUCAUCUGCUUAG